AUGAGGCGGCGAGCAAGAACUAGGGACGUGGAGGAGGAGGAGGAGGAGGAGGAGAGAGGAGGAGGAGAAGUAGACGAAUACGUGACAUGUCAAGAGACGGCUGCGGAGAGAAGAGCAGCGAUCGGGGAUCACAACCAAGAGCACAACCGAGGGGAGCCAUCGGAACGCUCGGCUGACCGAGCUGGGAGCGAAGGAGGAGGAACGAGGGACUUCAGAGCCUUGAUGCUCGACGAGCAGAUAGUGAAGGGGCUGGAAGAGGCCGGCUAUAUCCGUCCAUCCCCUGUGCAGCUUCGAGCCAUUCCACUUGGAAACAUGGGGUUGGAUCUGAUCGUUCAGGCAAAGUCAGGCACAGGCAAGACCUGCGUGUUUGCCGUCAUCAUCCUCCAGUCCCUCUCAUUGAACUUCAACGGCGUUCAAGCGCUUGUGCUUUCGCACACGCGAGAGUUGGCUUACCAAACGCGAGACGUGAUCCGCUCAGUGGCUCGAUUCAUGUCAGGAAUUCGUUGCGAAGCUUUUGUGGGAGGACUACCAACUGAGAAAGACAUUGAAAAGCUUAAGAGCGCUGAGAGCUGUCAGAUAGUGGCAGGUCGACUGCGAGCACUGGUAGAGGCGAAGCAUCUUGACUUGUCUGCUCUGCGUCAGCUGGUGCUGGACGAGGUCGACGUCCUGCUGGAGGAGGAAGGGCUGCGACCUCAAGUUGAAUUCUUCUUCAAAGUUUCUCCUCCUCGCAAACAGAUCCUCGCUGUCAGCGCUACAUUCACGGAUGAGCUGCUCGCAUACCUACAUGCGCGUCUGUCUAAUCCCCAGGUCGUCAACGUGAUUCGAGCCAACGUGGCGCUCAAGGGGGUCAAGCAGUUCGUCGAGUUUGUCGAGUCUCCUCGUGAUGUGAGCGACGUGAACGCGAAGAUGGAGAGGAGGAUGAUGGGGCUCGUGCGAGUACUUGAAAGCACUUCCUUCCAUCAGUGUAUCGUGUUCACGAAUAGCAGGACUCUUGGUCAGCGCGUCUGCCUGCUUCUUGAGCGUCUUGGCUUCCCGUCAUCCUUCACCUGCGGCGAUCUCCCGCAGCCCGAGCGUCUCCGAGCCCUCGAAAAGCUGCGUAACUUCGAGAUCAGAGUAUGA